AUGUUAACCUUCGAAGGUCAGAAGAUCCAGGGCUCUCAGAACAUCGUCGCCAAGCUCACCUCUCUCCCUUUCCAGCAGUGCAAACACAACAUCACCACCGUCGAUUGCCAGCCUUCUGGUCCCGCCGGCGGUAUGGUCGUCUUCGUCUCCGGGAAUCUCCAGCUCGCCGGCGAAGAGCACGCCCUCAAGUUCAGUCAGAUGUUUCAUUUGAUGCCGACGCCGCAAGGAAGCUUUUACGUGUCCAACGAUAUCUUCAGGUUGAACUAUGCCUGAAAGGAACCAGCAGAUUGUUAAGCAUACACAUCCUAUUCUAUUGGAUCAAUCCUUUUAUCAUUAUCCCUCUUGUUCCUUUUCUUUGUUUCCUAUAUGAUUUAUCUUGACAAGAGAGGAAAACUACUCUCUCUUGUAUUUGGUUUGAAUGCUUUUGUUCAUUUACAAAUGUAAUGUAAGACUUGAUUAAGACAAUUUGAAAUGGUUUCUCGUCUCAUUUAUGGCCCCUCUGGGAAUAUGAUUGUCGUUUAUCCUUAAUUGUU